UAGAUACAUUAGUAUCUUCGAAGUCUUUCUGUAUAACGGACGUGUCUAAACCAAGCGCUAUACCGAUUGAGGUACCAAACAAAAGUUAAUUUCAUACAGCCUCACCCAUAGACUACGACGGAUAGAACACAGUGAAUAGAAAAUACAAAAAAAAAUCUCUUUCUAUCUCAACAUCGAUUCUGUAUACAUAUAAAUCUACCUACUUACAUACCAAAAAGAUUGCUCACUUUUUGCACUUUCGUUUCCAAUCAUCAGAGCGUCAUCGACCACCAACUCUAUAGACCUUAGGUAAAUGCCACUUGCACAGAUCUAAAGUUCAUCCUAGACCCACAGAUUUAUCUCUUUUUUUUUCUUGUCUACUUUGCAAAAAUUCGAUUCGAUUUUUGUUUUGUAUAUACCCGCUAACCUUCCCCUGAUCGCACUCUAUACGAUCAUUCGGUUUCUUCAUUCGUAAAUAAAUAUACAAAAUUCGCAUGCGCAACAUGGAAGUCGUGAUCCAUUAAAAGUGAACUAAAAAAAAAAAUUAAAGAAGAAAAAAUAAAAUGCCAAAGUGUUACACGGCUCAGUUUACUAUAUGACCGCAAUUUUAUAAAGAAAAUUACAAAGAAGAAGAAAAUGUUUAUAUACAUAAAUUCUCAACGUAACUAGAUCAGUUUUUAGAAAAAAAUCAUAGAAAAGAAUAAAGAAAAAAAAGAUUUAUUCUUUCCGUGUGAAAAAUUUGUUGUUGACAAGUACAAAAUAAAAAAAAGUUCUCGUGUAAACAUAAAUCCCCCUGGUUUCUUUCAUAAAUUACCGCUAUUUUUUGGUACUUUUUUCUUGGAAUUCAAUCAUAAAAAGAGCUUAAUGCAAAUAUGGGAACCAAGAUCGAAUACGUUGAUACGUCACAAUUGUAUGCGACAAAAUAUAUAAGAAAUUCUAAAGCAAUAGCAGUAUUGUGGGCGAUUUUUACAAUUUGUUAUGCAAUAAUUGGUAUUGUGGCAUUUGUAACGCCCGAAUGGGUUGGUGACCCAGAUAAUGAGAGUGCUGGUCGAUUGGGAUUGUGGCAAGUUUGUCAAAGAGAAGAGAUUUUCAAUAAUUGCCAGAGAAGAUGGGAAGAUAUAAUUGCAGUUCCGGCGUUUUCUUUUCAAUUGGCAACAAUAUUUAUGGGAGUAUCAGUGAUCACAGCACUUUUGACAAUUUGCUUUUUAGUUUUUAUGAUUUUUAUGAAAUCAACGAGAGUAUUUCACAUUUGCGGAUGGAUGCAGAUACUGUCAGCUAUUUGCAUGAUUGUUGGUUGUGUAGCAUUCCCAUUUGGAUGGAACUCAGAUGAAUUCAGAAAAAUCUGUGGUCCCGAAGCAAAUCGCUUCGAACUAGGACUUUGUGGAAUAAGAUGGGCUUAUCCACUUGCAAUAAUUGGUUGUAUUGAUGGCCUCGUAUUAUCAACACUUGCAUUUAUUUUAGCCACACGUCAUGUGCGACUUCAACCGGAUCCACUGUAUCAAAAUUCACUCUACAAAGGCGAAAUCAACAAUGCCUACAUAACCGAUGCCGUUAGUUUAGCCGGUUCACGUAAAUCUUUGAAUCUUCAACCGAUUCUUUUAGUUGCUCCACCACACCACAUGAACAAUGGCGACGAUUCCAUUUCUCAAUUUUCUAGCAGAACUCCGAACCAUCGGUACAAUAGACCUGAUUAUCAUAAUUCAAUGCAUCAAUUCUGAUAGAUGGCGUUGUAUGAAAAUAACAAAACAACGCCCCACAAAUUAUUUUGUAUUGUGGUUUGAAUCUCGCAUAAGCAUUUAAAUUUUUAAUAACAAAAAAAAAGAAAAAAAAAACGAAACUCACAAUGAUUUUGUUAGGCGUUGUUGUUGCGAGUUGUGAAUUCAUUUUUGAAUUUAAAAUCCUUAUGCAACGUUUUAAAUUUUUUAAUUUUAUUUUUAUUUUGCAAUAUAAAAUUUAUUCCUCCUAUAAAAUAUAAAAAAA